UGUGCGUGUGUGUUUUUGCUUCUGCCGCGCGGCAUUAGAGUGCGCCCGUGUGUUGCUAUGCGCUUGCUUGUGCUUGUGUGUGUGUGUGCGCAGUUCCCUUGCAAGUUGUUAUCUUGUUCCUUUCGCUUCGCUUGCCGGCACUCUCUGGCUCGGUUGCGAUAAGAGCAAAAGGUUAAAUACUGUCCCUCACACAGCGCUUGACUCACCCGCUAAUGUGUGUGUGUGUGUGCGUGCGAGUGUGUUGGAAGGUUUUGACGCAUUCGAGCACUCUUUGGGCAAGAUCAUUUCGAGCAGUUUGUGGCAAUCGGCUGCGCGGGGGAGCCUGCACCGGCGAGCGAAGGCAGUAAGAAAACCAGUUCCACGCCAAAGCCACAAGCGCGCUCGAUCUUGUCCCGCGAGCGCACAAAGUGUGUGCGUACAGCAGCAGCAGCAGCACCACCACCAUCACCGUUCAGCAUCCACCUUCUAUUGCCAACGAAUCGAAGCAAGCACUGCGCGCUGGAGUAUUGAAAACUGGUUUGUUGCUUCCACAAUGCUCGUACAGCGUGUUGAAUUGUGCAAGUGAAUAAAGUGAAAAAAAUCUAAGUAAAAAAACAACCAUUUCGCACAAAACAGGAAUUGAGUGAAGUGACAAGUGAACUUAAGUGAAACAAACAAAAUAAUCAAUCCAGCUAGUGUAUUUGCGCUAAAUUAUAUAAAAGUGACGACACGAAUGUUUAUCCAUUAAAAAAAAAACAAACGAAUGAAAAAAAGAAACGACUUCCCAGUACACACAGUCCUAUUAUUCAUCGAGCACAGUUCAUAAAGCGCCGUUUCGUCGUUUGCCUAGGUUCUUGUCGGUGCAAAGCGAGUAGCUUCAAAUUAAGCGCCCGUAAACAGCAAGGAAGCAAAGGAUUACAAACUGAACGUGGAUGGAGGCGCACUGUGCGAGUGUAUAUAGAUACACAUUUCUUCGGCAAACGUUUCGAGCUGCCUAGGCAAUCCCGGGGUGAAAGCAAAACCCACGGCCGCUCAACAAUUCGUCGUAGUGUAGUGAAACACAUCAGAAAGACGGCCAGCGACAAGUCCUUGACGUUUGUUUUUCCACGCAAUCCAACCAGUCGACUAGCCAGCCGGGAGGGAGACAGUGGUAGUGAAAAUUUUAUUUCCUCUUGAUUUCCUCGGUGCGUUUGCGAGACCGAAGUGGGUCGCGUAUCGCAAGAAAAUGUUAAUUUGGUGCUAGUUUUCCAGCAUUCCGACACUUGUUUUCUCCAGCCGUGUGAGGGCAAUCGGUGAAACAAACGACGAACGCGACCGGGCGAAUCACACCCCGAAGGUGUACAUCGUACGCUCGUGUGUGUGUGUGUAUGUGUAUAUGUGCUGUGUGCGUGCAUGUGUGUGCGGAAAGGGAGGGAAAAUUGUAUUGAGCAAAGUGAUUUAUUCAUUGCCCGGAAGGUGAAUGUCGUGCGUGGUGGCGCCUCUGCUCGGUUUGUGAUUGGUGCGCGCGUGUGUGUUUUUUAUUUUAUUUUAUUUUCUCGCAUUGUGUGUUAGUUGUGCUUCCCGGAGUGGGUGGCAAUUUUCGCCCCCCUCCUGCUGAAAUACACACACCCAUCAAAUGUGUGCGUGUGUGUGUUUGUGUGAGUGAUACGCAAUUUUACACUGGUAACCGGCAACGCUUCAAAGUGGCAGAAGAUUGAGACGUGUGUGGUGCUGUUUCAAUUUCUUGUGAAGCUUUUUCGAGCAUCUUCGUCCAAUUCAAGCCGUGUGGCGGUGUGCGAAUAAGUUGUCCGUGCGAAGUGGGCUGGAGCAAAAGGUGAAAAGUUAUUGGAUUAUGUAUCAAUCACGUUUGCACGGCUGCAGUGCGUAGGGGGUAGUUGGUAGCGCGGGUUACUUGUAUUGCUGCCCUUUUUUUAUUGCCAUUUGGUCCCCUGUUUGCUCCGGUUUGUGAAGUGAAACUGAAUACGCGCACGGGAAAAGCGAGGUGUAGUGUUCGCAGUGAGUUUGUACCACGGCAGUCGCGUAGAACUUGGAUUUUGGUUUUAACGCAGCCAACGGUAAGCGGUUUGGAUGCUGUAGGCUGCAGUUUGGAAGUGCUUCUAAGACGUGCGCCAUCGCAGACCAACGACUUUAAAAGGGCGAACAGCACAAAACUAGCAGCACCACGUCGAAACGUUGCCUCAAGCGCAACAAUUGCACCGACCGAACAGCGUUCGUCGCCGUGCUCACCCGCCGUGCCACGGCAUGGAAUAAGGAGCGGAGUCUCCACGCCAUCGCAGGGCCACGAAUGUCCCGGUGCAUCAACGCAGCACGCCUGCUUGCGAACGAUGAGCACGGGAAACAUGUUGCCAAGGGCUGUAGAGCACCACUGGGAAGUAGAACAGCCGCGCCAGCAUUGGCUUCGUCAGCGACACUGUACGUCUGUGUAGGACGUGUCAUUGUAUAGUGUGUUUCUCCUCCGACCGGUAAAAAGGCUAGCUUUUCUAAGAAGCUAGAUGCUUUGUGACACCCCUUACCAACUCGCUUGGCACGCCAGACCAGACGACGAACCGGCACUGUCAACCAGUGCGAAAGAGCUGGUCCGACUCCGCGCGACGAUGCACGACUGAGGAGAGGCGGCAGCUGAAUAAAUAGAAGGCAAACACAAUUUCAAUGAUAAUCAUCAUCUGAUAGCGGAAAUAAUCGCAACCAAUUUCAACACCAGGCGGCAGCCACGGGAAAGCUUUGGAGCACGGCACCAACUUAAAGCACAACGAUCCGACGCUUGUGCCCUUGCGCCGUCUUCUCGAGGGCUUUUUGGCGACUGCUUCAUGUGUGUGUGCGAGACGCGAUAAAAUAGAUAGCAUUUCAGUAGUGCGUGUUUGUGUGUGUGUGUGUGUUUGUGUAGGGAAGUGUAAACAGUGUGAUUGUGCAUCGAGAGUAACGGUGUCCAAAAUGUGUCCCAAUACGAACUGCACACGGACGAAAAUGAGUGCGUGGCGCUCCACAGACGACACAGUGCCACUUAGCAUCAAACCGAUGCCGACCGGUCGAAGAAAACCGAGUUCCUGGAAGGUCGGCGUGCUGGUGACGCUGCUGCUGGCAAUGCAGCUGCUCGUCAGCCCAGCGCACGGUACGGAAGAAUCGGACUUUACGAAACAGUGCAGCAACUGCAAGUGCAGCUGGAAGAGCGGUCGCAAGAGUGCGGACUGUACGAACCAGCGGCUACCGGUCGUACCGCAGGAGCUGAGCAACGAGCUGCAGAUCCUGGACCUGUCGCACAAUCAGAUCGACGAGCUGCCGGCGAAAACGUUCGAGGCCGCCCACCAGACGAACCUGCAGAAGCUGUACCUGCGCCACAACACCAUGAAGCGGGUCGAUCGGGAUGCGUUCCGCAACCUGACCAUCCUGAUCGAGCUCGACAUGGCGAACAACAACCUGACCGCGCUCGAGGCGGGCGUCUUCGACGAUCUCACCAAGAUCCGGGUCAUCAUCCUGAACAACAACCAGAUCGAGCGGAUCGACAAGAACCUGUUCUACGGCCUGCAGUACCUGACGAAGGUGCACCUGCGCAGCAACCGGCUGGUGCGGAUCGCGCUGAACAGCUUCGUGAACGUGCCGAACCUGUCGCAGAUCGAGCUCGACUACAACGAGCUGCAGGCACUGCGCAAGGAAUCCUUCUCCGGGCUGGAGAAGCUGACCAGCCUGUCGCUCACGAACAACCCGUGGAACUGCAGCUGCACGCUGCGCAGCUUCGCCGAGUACGUGCUGGCGAAGAACCUGUACACCUCGCCGACCGCCUGCAGUGUACCGAAAGCGCUCGCCGGCCGCCAGUGGACCGAGAUCGAGCUGGACGACUUUGCCUGCCCGCCCGCCAUCGUCGAGAACCGGAUGCAGUUCCCGGGGGCGGGCGAAAACGCUACCUUCAUCUGUAAGGUAACCGGGCUGCCGCUGCCGAAGAUUGACUGGCUGUUCCAGAAGCGGUCCUUCUCGCGCCACGACCAGCGGCUGCGCGUAACCGAGGCCGUGCGGACGAGUCCGCGCGACCAGAGCGAGGUGCUCGUGUCCGAGCUGACCAUCGUCGGCGUGCGGCCGUCCGAUCGCGGCACGUACGUGUGCAAGGCGACCAACCGGGGCGGCAUCGACGAGAGCGAGCAGUUCUUCGACCUGAAGGCGGACCCGCACCCGAUCACGUCCGCGACCCGCUCGAAGGACAUCCUGCAGAUCGUGCUGAUCGUCGUGGUGGUGGUGCUGCUCUUCGUCAUCCUCAGCUGGGUGCUGGUGUACUGCAUCUGCUGCCGGAAGCGGCGAUUCAAGAAAAACUCCGCAAUGAGAGAGAACGGCCAGAUGAAUACGAAGAUGAUGGACAAGUCGCAGAACGAAUCGAUACUGGACGGUGGGUCCGUGAUGGUCGACAUGCAGAAGAGCCUGCUGACGGAGGUGAACCCGGUGGAGAAGCCGCCCCGCCGGGCCGACAUUGAUGCCGGCGAAAAGGGCCCGGGCAGCGGUGGCCAGAGCUCGGUGGUCGGUGAUUACGACGAGAAGCACGAGGCCAAGCGAACGCUGCUGGAAGAGACAGGUUUUGUCGCCCAGGAUGAGGAAACAGCUUCGGUGGCGCUGUCGGACUCGAACCCGCGCUCCCGUGCCACCUUCGUAGAUGACGGCUGCGGCACCAACCUGCCGCCGGACCUGCUGGCCUUCCCGGCCCGCUUCCCCCAGUCGCCCUCGAUACAGAGCUCGAUGUCGAACAUCCACGACGGGCGCAUCUACGGUAAAUCGCCGCUGGCCAGCCCAAUCUACCAGACCGGACCGGGCACCAGCUUGGGCGGCGGUGCGUCCGCCCAGAUGCCGGCCGGCUUCCGCACGCUGCAGCAUCCGAAGACGGGUCGCACGAUAGCGAUUGCGGCGGCCCGCUCGAACUCACCGUUCACCCCGGCGCCCCUCAUCUAUCCACCGGUCGCCCUCAAACACCAGGGGUACGUGACAAUCCCGCGCAAACAGCGCACACCCAGCUGGACACCGUCGAUGAGCUCGGCGGUGACGGCCGAGCUGCUGCCGGCGGGCAGCGUCGGUCACAGUGGGGCCACCAGUCCCAUCUCCCCCAUCGACCUGUCGCUCAGCGAGCCGGUGUACGACAAUCUUGGUCUGCGGACGACCGCGUCCGGCAACUCGACGCUCAAGCUGAACAAAACGGGCCACCGGGGGUCACCGCUCGGGUCGACGGCGGCCGGCACCGCGCUCACCUCGACACCGAUGGCAAAGUACAGCAUGAAGGAUCGGCCGCUGCCGGCCACACCCGGCGGCCAGACGGCAACGCCCAACAGCUCGCUGCUGGGGCACGGUGGUGGCAACUACGAGGCUAUACCGGAGACACUGCCCUACGGUGCGGGACAAUCAAUGGGGGCCGGUGGUUUGAGCGGGUUCGAUCUCGAUCAGUCCUCCAUCUACGGUCCGGUGGUGGGGACGACCACGAACCGCAGCAAAGUUCCGCCCAGGCCACCGCCCAAGCCGAAGAAGAAGGUGGUCCUCCCGGCAGCGGGUGGCAUCGUGACGACCGGGGACGAUCAGAGCUCGGCACCGAGCGGCCAGAUGGCGACUGCUGGUGGUGACAGUAGCGGCAUCAACAUCAGCACUACCAACACCAGCACCAGCCCACUGGUGGCCGAAGACUGCGACGACGGUACCGAGGUCUAGUGGGAGCGGCAAUCGCUCACCUUCCGCCACGGGACCAACAGACGCGUGCGCACACGGCACUUUUCGUAGGCCUCCUGUUAGUACGGUAGUGCGUGAGUAUGAGACCAUAAUUUAAUUCUAGCCCUUAGUAUGUCCCACCCACUCGACUGGGUGUGUGCAAGCGACAAUGACGUCGGCAUACCCUUAACGAUCGAAUCGAGCGUAGGUCGAAUGCACACGGACACGGUGGUCGGGUGGCCCGGAUGUAUGACGAUUAUAGGGGUGCAACGCACAGUAAAAACAAAGUAGUUUAGUAAAGAAGUAAGGCGUAAGCGACGAACCGAUCCUCUAAAGCAGAAUGAAAUUAAAAGUUUGCGAAGAUCACGAGCAGAAACGAACUUGUAACGGAAAUAGCUUUAGCGAGCCAUAAACGGUAACGGUGUAGAUUUAUGGCGAGCUCGUGUUAAGUAAGAGAUAGCUAAUUUUCGAAAGAACGAAAAUCUAAGGUGAUUAAAGCACAAGCAUAUACGUGCAUACACAAGCAGUAUGUGUGCACAGGUCGCGAGGGGAACCGAAAUUAUUUCCGAACGACUCGGACUCGUUUAAGGGAUAAUAUUAUUUUUCUUACAUUUUUUACAUUCGCAAUUACGUAGCAUUACAUCCACUCUCAUAGUGUAUUUAAUUUUUAACGAAAGCAAUAGUGUAAGUCGAGUGUAACCGUCACGAAGGGGGAUCAUCGCUUCCGCGAUCCUGCUGCAGCUGUGGGUGUGUUGGAUUUGGUAGGAUUUUUUCUCCGAACCCAACUAGAGUGUAAACCCGGAGUGUGCGUUCCGAGGACACACAUACCGAUCACGCUUUACCCACGAUACCCACAGUGAACAUGUUCGUUAGCUUUAGGUUAAGAGCGUUAGAUCGUUGGACGGGUACGAACGAACGUUAGGAUGAGGAUUUCAUUGCCGACAAAGCAUUUGGAGAGAAAGCAGUUAGAGGCUGUAGUGCAGGUAUGUGCAGUGCAGGACGACGGUGUCAAUAGACAGAGACGACACCGAGCAAGCAGCAACGCAGCUAUAGACAGAGCGUGAGUGUCAUAUUUUCUUUGUGAGAAAUUUUGUUAGCUACCCUCCUUUGUGAAAGCUUCCUCAAGGGCCCUUUGUUUUGGUUAAAAAUUUCAAUAGAAACAAAUGCUCAUAAUCCAACCGGAUGAUGAUAAUUUACCAUAACAUGUGCGCUGUCCUGUUUGCAAUUUUUCUUUCUCCAUGAAUUGGGCUUCCGCAACACUGCACCGAGCAAUGUCCGGAAUAUCCUUGUUAACUCGUUUCACAACUCGCACCGCUUUGCCCCAUCGGUAUCCAAAACGGCAUGUCACCGUAGCGCUGGGGUCACGUGUCGGUGGAUAAUUAUUACAAAUGAGCUGGAAUGGAACGACUCAUGUUUCACAGUGUCGUUACUUUCAUAACACUGUAUACGCUCCGGUUUCCGGUGGUUGUUUAUUAUUCUAACAGCUGCUAACAGCGCCACUAACGAACCAUCGUUUUGUGCGCUGCAUCGUCCCUGACCGCCUCUCGGCAGGACCGGAAUGGUGGCAAAAAACGAUACAGACAACAGUAAAACAUGAGAACGAGAACCAAUUUCGCUUAACCGGCACAGCACGGGUCGAGCUUAAUCCGGGCACUGAGUACCUCCUGUCGAACCCCGGGUGAGAUGAAAGCAGCUUUUCCUCUUGAUUUUAAUUACGUGAUUACUCGUUGCACUUGAGAAAUAGCUACUUUUUUAUUAUUAUUAUUCGCUACUUCGUUUAUUCUAUCCCGUUUUUGUCUCCACACGUUUGCCUGUCCGUCCCGCGGUACAGGGAAGCGUCACGUGGUGUGAUAAUGUUUUAAAUAAAUCUUUCUAUUACCAUCCGCUACCGUUCUUCUCAGACCGGUUUGAGGUCGAGAGCGUGCUGAAGUUGCAAAGAAUGAAGAAACAUUGAUUAAAAAAACGAAACCAUUUUGUAUGGUUUCGUUCUCGUUUACCCGCUUGUGUCCUUUUUUGUUGUACGCUUCACCCUCUUUCAUAACUCUUUUUCACGCUUUCCUUGCUCUGGUUAUGUUUCUACUGCUGCUGCUGCUGCUGCUGCUGCUGCUGAUACUGUUCAAGAGCUCGUCCUUUGCAGGGUGAAGUAUAGAACCACGACACGACGCGGAUCCUUACCGUUUUAAUUUCCGAAACGAAACACACUAAAUAACAGUGCCAAUUGACUGAACAAAAACCCGAAGGUGUGGAUGAGUUGAAAAAGAGAGAGAGAGAGAGAGAGAGAGAGAGAGGGCGUGAAGAGGAAAAAGAGAAACGAACAGGCAGUUGCGUUAGGGAAACCUCUUCAUUAUCGAAAGAGAAUAAUUGCAACAGGUACUAUAAAAAAGAUGAAAACACAGAAAAAUAGGAAAAAAAUAAAACAGGCACUAAAGUUAGGGCAAAUUUAAUUAGGGGGCGGCAACAAUUCGCAGCAACAAAGGAGAGAGAGAGAAAAAAAGCUCGCGAGCUUUUCUGUUUUGUUUAUUGUGUCGUGUCGAAUAGGUAUGAACGAAAGACGACGUUUCCGAGGUCGAAAAUGUGAUGUAAUAUUGAUGUUGUCGCUAAGGAGAAAGCGAACGGAUGUUGUUGUAGUAGCGUUUUGUUUGUUUAUCGAUCGCGAUAGUCUGACGAUCAUUCGAGAAAAAAACACGAUUCAAUGCUAAAUAUAGUUUAUUAUAAAAAAGACCGUAAACCCAUCUGAAGGAUGAGCGUGGGACGAAUAUACUGGAUGGAUUGAACGAACAGUAGUCUGGUGGAUCGUUUAGAUAGAGCUGUACGAUAAGAGACUUAAUUGUAAUCGAACCGUGUUUAAACGCUUUAUCUCUUCUAUAUUUUACAGCACACUCCAACACUCGUUAUAUUAAGCAGCGCCUUACCCACACAAGCGGGGAGUGCAUUUGUUGCAUCCAAUCGAUUUUGUGUUUAGUAUAAAGUGAUUGUAAUUUUCUUGCCCUUUUUCUUUAUUUUUGCAUUACCAUAAACAUCGAUUGCAUCAUCAUCAGUCACGUGCCUUUGAUCCAUUUACUGUACACACUUACACACUCUCAUAACAACCCUUGAGAACAGGUGGAUAUGAUUUGUAGAUAUGUUUUGGGAUAGUUUUUAAUUUUUGCUAUUCUAAGGACCUUAUUUAACAUCAAACAAGUUAAUUGAAGCAUCGAAAAUUUUCACCUUCAUUCACGUCAACAUGAUGCGUCUUAAUUUCAUUUAGUAAGCUUCCAGACAAGCAUCGGCAUGCGCGUGUGUGCGUUAGAGUAAGUGUAGCGCCGUAUCAUCAAUAAAGCGCCGUAUGCUGCGGGCGAUAAUUGAAUAUAAAUCCUUCCGUUUUAUUUCAUUAUGCGUUUAUUAUUUUAUUUUCCAUUUCGCCAUGCUUUAUCACAAGUCCUUUUUUUUGUUUUUUGUUUGAGAAACCAUUACUUCGAUCCCGGCGGGUAUGUAUUUCAAAGGUAUUAAAAUAACCAUUGCAGAGAAGCUUUAUUUUUAUUGGAUUUCGUUUGUUUCAUGUUCAUCCCGUUUCCAAUUGUUUCAUCGUUUUUUUGCGAUUGGUUUACGUUUUCCACGCUCUAUUGUGUAGCUAUCGGGGUAUUUUUAUGAUUGAAUUAAAUUUUCACUUUUCCAUAGGUGCGAGGUAAACACCGUUAGAGUGUUGUACAAAUUGAAGUAGAUAUAUAUUUUUAGAAACGCUAACGAUCUCCACCUCCUAGCCAUAGAAUACAUUAAACAAUGUGGAGGCAAUUUUCCUAUCACGUUUGUUUUGAACACUAGGCCAUUUUUAUUAUGUUGCUAUUUUAAUUCCAUAAUGGAUGAAAAUCAAAAACAUUAUAUUUUCUAAAUUAUGCAUCCAUCUGUUCGUAUAGGCUUUGUAUGUGCUGUUUCUUCGAACUCAAUGUUGUCUACUUUAAACAUAAAUCCUCGUCUAACUAGCAAUGAAGAUUUUGUCAAAUGUAUUCAGUUUCAUCCAAUUACUGUGUCCAGUUCCAUAGAACUGUGCAUAAAGUGGACUCAAGACGACUUACAAAUAAGCCUUUCAGUUUCUCCUUUUGUGUCAGUGUGCAAAGGCUCCACAAAUUCUCGUGAAAGUAUCCCUAUCGUAGGAAGGGCGUUCAUUAUAAUAAUGAAUAGCUUGAUGCAUGCGUCAGAACGACCCCGUACGGGCAGUAUAGAUAAUAUGAUACACUUUUUUAAUUAAUUCAUACAUAACGCACCUCUUGUCCUACCGUAAGACAAUCCAUGCAGGGAAUUUGGACAGCAGCUUUCAGAUGUAACUAUCACUGCUCCUACCACAUGCACACCGAGGGGCUAAGUGCUUCACCUAACUAGCAUCAGGGAGAGGAAGUAUCGUUGUGAAAGGAUGUUCUGUAGAACAUUGCGCCUGAAGGUAUGCUAUGAGGACGUGUUGCUUAACACAGCGAUACACAAUUGCACAAUUCUCACAAUUUGUGUGCAAAAAGUUUGGCAAGGGGGGUUGGGUGCUGAGUGGGGGGGGGGGGGUGAGGGAGUAGAGAAUGCUUUUGACGAAAAGUAACAAAAAAGCUCGUUAGAAGAGAUUUGUUAGCGAAAUCGUCGUGUGUUGUAACCUCGUGUACGGGAUAUCUCGCUUCCGGGAACAUUUUAAUAACGCACUGUGCCAAUGUAUGAAAUAGUGCGGCAUACGUGCUGUAUAUUUCAGCACCAGAAAAAGCUCUUAAUUACACAGACAACUUUCGGUGUUUUUUGGAAGCACUGCAAUUGUCAUGCAUCGUCUGCAAGGUCAGAGCGAGCGAUGUAGAGCGUGAAAUAAAUGUAGCUAAAACACUACGGACAGUAGUAAUGAUUUUACUACUAACUUUUACAUCGAUUAAAGUGAAUUCUCAACCACCAGGGACAGCCGUGCACAGUCGUUGCUUAACUUUCUUCAGCUUAUGGGAAAGAAACCGCUCGUAGUUAAUCAAUGGCAACCCGUUACCGGACGGAAGUUUUCGCGGCAAAGUGCAAAAUCCCCAAACCCUGCCAAUCUAGUAGGAUCUCACAGUCGAGCCGGUGUCGGUGUCGACGGUGUAACCACUUCCCUAGCAGCAUCGUCUCGGUUCUUAAUGGAGUUUCGGAGGAUAAUUCAUGGCGUCGGGUUCGGUCGAUAUUUGUCAAAUGCUGUGCUACUUGUCGCUACCUCUGGUGCUACUGCUACACGGCAACAGGCUUUGGCUUCGCGUUAUUCGUGCUCCACCCGUGCACAGGUUAAUGGCGAACGUGGGAGGGAUCACGCGUGCAUAAAUCACACCGUAACAUACCUGCCCGGUAAUUAGGCGGGCAAACUUCGUCAACCCCGAUAGUCCACCGUAACCCACACACCUUGUGCGGUCUUAAUUUAGUGCCAAGCGCCCCCCCGAAACACACGUGCCGAGGUGUGGGUCCGUUUAAUUACGCCGACGGUUGGAAGCGAUUUUCGUUCGAAAGCAGUGAGUGAAACGGGGAAAGGUUUGGUUAAACUUUUAAACCACUUUUCGGAAGCCCUGAGUCCCCCACUGAAACCCCCCAUCGCCGGUUCGGAAAAUUCGCAGCGAGUGUCCGAAGAUUUAAACCGAUCAUUCUCGACGAAAGUUCAUUAGCAGCAAACGGGGAAGAUCGGUUUAACUACCCUGUGUCGCCACCCGAUUCUACCCGUCCCAAGGGAUGGGGAGGGUUGUGUUGUCCCUUCCUUGCUUGCUUGACAGUACAGGCACGGGAAGCACUCGAGCAAACGCUCCUCGCGUCUGGCGACUGCUUCUGGUUCGUCUGGGAAAGUAUCCGCGUGUAGUGUGUCCUUGGUGUUGUUGAUCCUUCGAAUUACCUUCACUCAGAAGACGGUCCUAAUCGCAGAUCGCUGCCAUUCCGGUCGUCCGAUUUUGGGUGAAAUUGGAAUCCUUCCUUCACGCAACCCACAAGAAAUAGGGCGUUAAAAUACUGAAAGUAUAUAAAAAAUAAACAUUUCCGCCAUAUUGUACCAACAAACGUGGGCGAGCACGAUCCAGGAAGCAAUCAUAGCGGGAGGACUUUCGGCGGGUAAGGCGUGUAAGAGGAAGCUUUUUUUAAGAAUUACACCACUUCACAGCGUUGUAAACUUAAGCGUUUUUUCCCCUAACGCAAGCAAACGCACCAACCCAGGCAGCGUUACGCGCUGGAUGGCGCAUGUGAACAACGCCAAUGGAAACGACCCACGCCAAUGGUUAAAAGCUUUUGCACUUGAAAUAGUGUGGGCGUGGAUGUGAGUGUGAGUGGGUUGGAGAUAUUUUUCUUAAUCGCCACUUACAACCAUCCGGCUCACGCGCUCGCCUUGACAAGGCUUUAAAAGCGACAACCAAGCCGUGCCGGGGUAGCUUGUUUGGCUAUUUUUAAUGCCAUCCGCUUCAUCGUCAUCGUGGUGGUCGUGUAGCACCGCCCGGGAUGAUGGCAUCGUUCAAUCGAUCGAGAUUAGCCCGCCCCAGACGGCACCGGACAUGGUGCAGACACGAAGCACGCUCGUCGGUCGAUUGGCAGGAAAUUUGAUACUUAUCAUUUAUCCGACCGGUACAGACCGGAGAGCCGGUAUGCGAAAGUUUCCAGCAAAAUGUGACACCCAAGCGUACUACCCCAUUAGACUUGGGAAGGGCCCGCUAGUACCCAACGCUCGCGGUAUAGCUCGCGGUACCGCUACACCAGUCAUUAAGGCGAGAACACUCUUCCGCCAGAGCGUUGAGAAUGGUUGCUACGAAACGGUCGAGAUUGGAUCUGCUUUGAUCCGUUUAACGGUACGCCAAGUGAAGCGAUUUAAGGAUAAUUGAAGCGAUGGCAGAUAGUUAGGCUGGGAGUUGGGAGUUGGCACACGGCGAGCAACAAGGCUGCAGAAGGAAAGUUUGGGAGGGAAUGGAUGCGCUAUUUCUGUUUCCGUUAUUGUAACGAUGCCAGUUUAAUUUCUUCAUUCCUUGUGGUUGGAGUAUUUCGAUGGCUGUUUUUAAUAUUACCUUCUUACGAUUCGUAAUUGCCAUUAGUUUCACCAAAAUCUACCAAACCUAAGACUAGCAGAUAAAGCAUGUACAAGAACCUCCAAAUGUAUCGCCAUCACUAGUUACUAGCUUCACUAAGCACGCUUAAGAUAGGUUAUUCUGUUAACGUUUUGUUCUAGAUUGGUACAAGUAAGGUGUGGCACUGCGAUAACAUCCCGCGUCCUUUCCAAAAGUCUCCUACUCGUUUGCUCUGCUAGACACCUGCCCGCAUUGACACUCCCGCAUCUUCACCCAUUUUUAUGACAGUCCACUCAUCCCCAGCGUGAUGAUCUGUGCCUUUCCGGGCGCUUUUAAACCCCUUAAUCGUUUCCGACACGAAAGCGAAUUAUCGACCGAAUAUUACCUCCCCAUACUCUCGGCAUACCAUCCUCAGCCGCACGUGUGGAGAGGCGCACGAAAUGUAAACACAAAGUCCGCCCUGCCCCUGCCGCAGCAGCAAGCAACAGCAGCAACAUCAACAACGAAAUAAGCUUUACCAUUAUCAUCAUCAUCCGAAGCAACAGCGAUGGUCGGCUACCUUUAGCUCACAGGGUACAUCGCACACGCUAGCGGCCAGCUGUCCCGCUUCCAGUGGGCCGGCUUUUGGGGAAACUUCUCGCACACAUAUCGGGAGUUUCUGUUUGCCAAACACGCGUCCCCCGUUUGCUUCUUCCAUAGCCCCUUCGCGUGAGUCCAAACACCGUCAUCCGGUGGGAUGGAAUAGCGACACGAUCACAACCUAUACACAUACAGUGGCACACACACACCCGAGCAUACGGGAAAUGGAGAAGGUGGAACAAACCUUGUUCCUUCCCUCUCUGUCCCUGAUUCGGUGCCCUUGGAAUUCGCUAGAAUUCUUCGCUUACCAUAUGCAGCAUUUUGAGGGGAGUGGGGGAGGGAAAGCGUCCACUACUUUGGGGCCCGUGCUUCGGGAAAUCCCAUUCCGAACCCGAGCUCCCGAACCCAGCAUCCAACAUAACAGCAUGGCGCGCUUUGUGUGAUACCGCCCGGUGGGAAGGAUGGGAAGGUCCUAUGGCACAACGGAGAAACGAGGUGGAAAGUUUCAAUUUGAUCGCUUGGAAAAUUGUCCAACUUUUGGCGGGGGGGGGGGGGUCUUUUCCGCGCCCACCUGUUUCCUUGUGUUCCUCCCCAUCGGUCUGCCUUUGGUAUGUGUGGAACGCUCACGACAUUCAUGGCGACAUAUUUUCACAAACUUUCACCCCCGAAACACCCCACUUUGCGCUCUACUUCCGCCCGGAUGGGCAGAAGAAGCAUGAUGAUGAUGAUGAUGGGCAUUCAUGUGUGUGUGUGUGUGUCUAUGAGUGUAGUUUUGCAAACAUCCCAUUAAUAUAGUUCGUGUGUCGGCUCGGGCUCGGGCUGCUGGUUUGCUGUCCAAGGAUUGCCCAAGGCCAGUAUAAUACACACACUUAUUAGCAAGCGAUCUUGUCGAGCAUCUGGCAGUUUACUGUGGCAACAUUGGUGAAACCAAUUUCCACACGAACGCCGUACGUAUGUUGAGCGAUAGAAUCAAAGCCACCGCGCAAACAACUUUUCGCGCAAAAGUUCCAACCCUGCCAGAAUACGCAAGCAUCGUCAGCAGCAGCAGCAGCAGCAGCAGUUCACGGUAGAUGCAUUGCACUGAGUAGAUUGAGUUACGAUUUUGAGAAUAGAAAAUAAAAUGGCACUAAAUGUGUGAGCCGUGUUUUAUUUUUCCUUGUCAGGGAUGCUCAUCGAACGGCAGGCUUGUUUUAUGUGGAAAUUUUAAUAAGCGCAGGUGUACAGCAACGACAAUGCGCUGUUAUGAAGAUUCAGCGUAAAAAGUAAUGAACAAACCGUAGUGACGAAAUUGUUUCCCAUUUCUAGGCAGAAUGAUGAGAGCAAAUAAGUUUAACACUGAAUUUAAGGAUGCAUGUGUUUCACUGAAACCCAUAUGUAUAAGGUUUUCCUCAAAUUGAAGCAUUUCUCUCCUAAAAGUCUCAUCAGACCUUGCAUGACAAUGAACGUGGAAUUUUUGUUAUUUUGAAACAUUUCAUUAAAUUUUUAUCAGAAUAUGGCUUGGUGCCAUGCCACACCAAAAGAACGGAUGUUCAAUUCCCCACCUAUUUAGGUUGUAAAACAUUUUGAAAUAAUGAAUUAAACACAUUCCCUUGCGAUUUCCCGCUGGCAUUUAUUUUUUCACCGUGAAUAAAGCGAGGAAUUACAAGAAAAAGCAUUUAAUUUAUCACUUCAAAAAAAAUUGUCUAAUUGUUGAGGAAUUUAAUAUACUUUAUUUUGGUGUAAAAUAAGCGAAAUUAUGAUAAAAUUUUAUUGAAAUAUAUUGGAAAACCCCAAAAUUUCACGAUCAAUUUCAACUGAGGCUCUCACGCGUAGAAUUCUCUUCCUGUUUAUUCCUCUAACCUUACUAACACUUUAAAGCUUAAUUAACAGCGCCUACGAACGAUCAAUAAUGAAAACAAUUCAACUAAAAGCAUUCAUUUAAGUAUACUACGGGCCCAUUUCCUGCUUCUAACAGCUCCAUUCCUUUUGGGCUGUCCCGUUUCGAAAUUGUCCCGUUGCCUUAUUGAAUGCAGAACACCGUUCAACCAAUGAACUGGAGGAAAUGAAGGAAAGCAUUUUCUUACGCAAACUUCCUUUUCAUCCCUUGCCGUUCAGUUCAGCGCUCAUGUGCUUCAUAACCAUCUGUUUGCCGAUUUCGAUUAACGGUCACUUGCGAAAGGAGCAUCACGUACGAGAUCAGUGCUUCUAAUUGACCAGAUCACACUCUCACAACCUUGCACUGAGUGUGUGUAUGUGUGUGUGUGUGUGUGUGAGUGUGUGUGUGUAUAUAUUGAAAAAGUCACGUUUUUCCAUUUUUCGGUAGCCGGAAAACUUCAUCCUUCUUCCGUACGUCGUCAUGGUUGGCGAUUGCUGUGAUUGCUCGAUCGUAUCAUGCUCGAUGCACUUUCUGCCUCUCUCUCUCUCUCUCACGCACACUGGAUUUCUCUUCUCUCUGCGUUCGCUUUCCCAGACUAGAUUGCUUCAUAUCAUCUACACCAUUUCCUCGAGAUUUUGCCGCACAAGGGUGUGUCAUUUCCUGUGCCACUUUGUCGCUGCUGGCUGAAUGUUGUUGGUGUUUUUCUUUCCGGAAUGCAAUCGUUAAACUUUCUCCAACUAUAGCGAGAAACUGGUGCAAGAAGCAACAUAAGUAGUACCCCGAACGAACAAACAAGCAAAAAACAUCAAGGAGCAAAAGUCAUAACCACUUCACCCCACAGUGUGCCCCACAGUGGGCAGUGGGACGGUGCGGUGCGGAGAGACAGGAAGUUCUUCCUCACCUCACCAGCACCGAUACUGCCCCAGCAAUGGAUGCUGUUUUUUUUGCUUCCUGUGGGUGUGCACACAUUUCACAAAAGAGCGUAGUGGGGCCACCACCACCACCACCUCCCCCCGUCUGGUGACAAUUGUUCCCGCCCGCCUGCGGAAUGCCGUUUGGAGUGGAGCGCAUCGUUAAUAGCAAGCAGGCGAAAAUGCAACGAUUCCGAAACAAUGGGCUUCGAAAAAUAAAGCUUCGUGACGCAGGGUGGAAAGAGACGGGUAUAAUGUUGCUUGCUUUCUUGGACUUUCCCCAAAAAGACUGGCGAUGCGAAGCAUGGUGUCUUUGCCCCUGCUCAGAAACUACCACAACAAUUGUCUAUGUAUGUUUGUUGUGGCACGGGCAUUAUCGUGUGCUUGUGAAAUUUUUAUCCGCCUCGGACCGUCCACUUGUGUGGUUUUCCUUGUGUUUUUUUUUCUUUAUUAUAAUAAAAA